ACAAACCAACAAACUUGGCAAACAAGGAAAGAAACCUGUUAGCCAUAAGACAUGUUACAAAUCCAUCAACAUCCAGUAGCUGUAGACUUCAGAAGAAAAAACUUUUCAGAAAUUUUGUCAAAACAGACAGGUCAGUGAUAAAUAAUUCCUCUAGUAAUAGGGUUAGGCUGGAAACUAAUCAUAAUUAAAACAAAUUGGAUCUGAAUGAAGUUUAUCUCCAUUAAAAAAUAAAAACUUCUGAAAAUAUUAAAUUAGAAUUUUCUUCAGAUUUUCAUUUCCCUAUCCAGCAGAAAGCAAAUAUCUUUCAACAUUUAUGCCAGCUUUUCUCAUGUCUUAGACAUUGCCAAGAGCAACCUUACUUGAAACAACUUGGUAUUUUUGUUGGAAAUGUACAUCAGUAUAAGUUAAAGUGAUUUUUAAGAUCUACUCCUUAGUGAUAUACUGAGUACUUAGCAUCUGCACCUACCUGGACACAGUUCUCAAAAACUCCUCGGAAAGAAAGACAGUACUCAGGAAUAAUGUCCAUUCAGGAGAAAUCAAAAGAAAAUGCCUCCAAAGUUACUAAAGAAGGUGAAGAUGAGAGUUUAGAACAAGAAAUUGAAGGUUCUCAAAACAGUCCAGCAAAGAAAUCUGGCUCCAAGGAAGCUGUAAAGGCACCGGUUAGAUUUUCCAACAAAAGUAAAAUACAUCAGUCUGAAUUUGGAAUGCGAAUGAGUACAAGGUCAGCAUCAUGUUCAGCCGAUAAAAAUGCUACUAACUCCAUUAAUAAAAAUAUAGUAACUGUGAAGGGACAAUCUCAAGAAUCUUCAAAAAAGAAAAAAUUAUGUCAGGAAAAAUUAUCACUUGGAACCUUCAAAGGGAAUGAACAACUUAACCGCAGAUCACAAAGACUACAACAGUUAACAGAGUGUGCAACCAGGUCUUUGCGCAGUAGAGAGAUUCAGGGUCAAAUUCCAACAGUUAAACAGAAUUUGCAACCAGCAAGAAGAGAACAGUGUAACAGUACUCCAAGUAAAUGUAAUAAAGUUAAAGUAAAUCAAAAGCAUGUGAAAAGAAAAGUGCUUGAAAUAAAGUCUGAUUGUAAGGAGGACAGACAUUCAGUUACAAAUGAAGUAGUAAAUUCUCCCAAAGGAAAGAAGCGCAAAGUACAGCAUCAGACAACUUCUACUUGUAGUUCUCAGUGUAACCAAGGGUCUGAAAAAUGGUUCCAGAAGAUUAGUAAAAAAGAGGAAAUAAAACCUGUGCCUGUAACUGCUGAGAUUAGAAAAUUAAAAGCAGCUACUUCAGUGGUCUCUAAAAAGAACGAACUGAGGAAAUCUGCUCAUAUACAAGUGAGUCCUAGCACAAACCUCCCUCACAUCCCACUGCCAUUAGUGCCUGAACACAGUGCCGACCAUGAAUCGGAGCAAGCUGGAAAGAACAAAAGAGGUAGCAUUCUCCAACUUUGUGAAGAAAUUGCUGGUGAAAUUGAAUCAGAUACUGUAGAGGUAAAAAAGGAAUCAUCGUGUGUGGAAAGUGUAAAUGAGGAGAAGCCUGCAGAAGUAAAAUUGAAAGGGACUGAUGCUGAAAGACAAGUACUCCAUCAUAAAGAAACCAACCAAGAUGUGCAGUGUAACCGUUUCUUCCCCAGUAGGAAAACAAAGCCUGUGAAAUGCAUACUAAAUGGAAUAAAUAGCUCAGCUAAGAAGAACUCCAACUGGACUAAAAUUAAACUCUCAAAAUUUAACUCCGUGCAGCAACAUAAACUGGACUCUCAAGUGUCUCCUAAGUUGAGCUUAUUACAAACUGGUCUGUCAACAUCAGUUCUAGAAAUGCCUCAUCCAGUGUCUCAAAGAACAUUGUUAGAGAUGAAACCGCAUGGUAAUGUAACUUGCCAACAGGAUAAAAUGAAAGGAAUUAAAUCUGAAGAAGUUAAAAUUAAUAAUAUUGCAGUUGAAAUUAAUAAAGCUACAAAAAGGGCUCCUGGAAAUGGUAAUUUGGAUAAUCAUAUUAAACCCUCUCCUGACUCAUCAUUGGAUAAUGACAUGAAACAUUCUUGUGAGUCAGCACCAGAUCAGAAUUUCAGCAUAUGUUCAGCGUCUGAGGUGGAGACUAAGCCAUUAGAAAACACUGCUGCCGUUUCAACUCUUCUCAGUCAAGCUAAGAUUGAUGGGGACAGAAACUUUCCAGGUCCAGCUCCUAAUCAGCAGCAGCACAGUGCACUCAGUAAAGCAGCACCUGUCAGCAGAAAGAACAGGGAUAUACCACCAAAUCAUUCUCAGCUGAAGUGUGAUUCUCAUUUGGAGAUAACAAUUCCAAAGUCCUUGAAACUGAAAGACUCUGAGAAAGUGGAUGAAAAACAGCUGAUCAUAGAUGCAGGACACAAAAGAUUUGGAGCAGUGUCCUGUAAUAUCUGUGGAAUGCUCUAUACAGCUUCAAAUCCAGAAGAUGAAACCCAGCACCUGCUUUUCCACAACCAGUUUAUCAGUGCUGUAAAGUAUGUGGGCUGGAAAAAAGAAAGAAUUCUUGCUGAAUAUCCUGAUGGUAGGAUAAUAAUGGUUCUUCCUGAAGACCCAAAGUAUGCCUUGAAAAAGGUUGAUGAAAUUAGAGAGAUGGUUGACAAUGAUCUGGGUUUCCAACAGGCUCCAUUGAUGUGCUAUUCCAGAACUAAGACACUUCUCUUUAUUUCUAAUGACAAAAAAGUAGUUGGUUGCCUAAUUGCAGAACAUAUCCAGUGGGGCUAUCGAGUUAUAGAAGAGAAACUUCCAGUUAUCAGGUCAGAAGAAGAAAAAGUCCGAUUUGAAAGGCAAAAAGCAUGGUGCUGCUCAACGUUGCCAGAGCCUGCAAUAUGUGGGAUCAGUCGGAUAUGGGUAUUCAGCAUGAUGCGGCGAAAGAAGAUAGCUUCUCGCAUGAUUGAAUGCUUAAGGAGUAACUUUAUUUACGGCUCAUAUUUGAGUAAAGAAGAAAUCGCUUUCUCAGAUCCCACUCCUGACGGAAAGCUGUUUGCAACACAGUACUGUGGCACUGGUCAGUUUCUGGUCUAUAAUUUCAUCAAUGGACAGAAUACCACCUAAUGCAGAUCUGGCUUAUUGUGCCAGAAGACAUCUUCUGAAGAGAAAGGAAUGGUUGCUGACUUUAUCCAGGAACUAGGGCCAUUUUUUUUACAAAUGAACUCAGGACUGGCAACAACCGUAUGGUUGUUCCAUUUUCAUAAAAUUGGAAACAAUGCAGUAAUAGCUUAUUAUUGUUUUGUUUUUUAAAAGAAGAUAUUUUAUUAUCUUUUACAGAAAUUUAUGAUUGUAUUUUAUCUAUAGUUAUUUAGACAUGUUUACAUGCAGCAGAUAAUUGUUCAUAGUGGACUGAAGAUUAAUGCAAGGACUAUGGUCUCAGUGAUAAGUAUAUUUUGAAGUUCUUAAUAUGGAAAUAUACCAGUGUAGCUUGGUACUGUAUUUUUUUAUAUUGAUCUGCUGAUACCAGUUAUAGGUUUAAAGAUUGUAUUUUCAAAGUGAAAACCAAUGCUUUUGAGUUACCAUUCAAAGAGAGUACAGUAUUACACACUUAAGAAUUUGAAGUUACUAAAGUAUACUCUAAGGAGACCCCACAGAAAAGGAGACCCCACAGAAAAGGAGACCCCACAGAAAAGGAGAGCUCCAGUGAAAGACCGUGUAUAGUAGAGAGUGUCUCCAUUGCUUAUGUUUCCGACACUGAUGGUGGAAAGGGAAGGUCUCUGUGUGGAGCCAUAAAUGACUAGAGUCACAAAGAACUACAGAAUAGUUGUAAACUAAAUGUGGAUGGCUUGGUAUCUGCGUUGUUAUCCCUCAGAAAUACUGCACUGAGUGUACGCCCUCAUUACUGGACUUCAUCUUGAUACUUGUCUGUCCUUCCUGGUGCCCUCUACUUUUAAAGGGUGAUAUGUCGAAAAACUGCUGUGGCCUUUUAUGACUUGUAUAUAAUGUAGAAUAAAAUAAUAAAGUACUUGAUGGCUUUUUCUAAGUGAUAAA